AUCUAGACUAUCUCUCUCCACCCACUCGAACACCUCCACCGAUCCAUCCCCGGGUGCUUUCCACAACCACCGCUCAUCUCCAAUCCAUCAACCUGCAACCAUACCCAAAGCUUUAUCCCACCUACUGUCUACCGCAGCAGUUUCCACACUAUGAACCACCUCCCAGAAGCGUGGGGUAGACCCAGAAACGACGUUUAUGGUACAUACGACGCCUCGUAUUUGCAAUCUUCUAUGCCGAACCAGCAUACCCAGUCUCCGAUUGUUACUGGCACCAGCGUUGUUGCGCUCAAGUUCAAUGGCGGGGUUGUUAUUGCUGCUGAUAAUCUUGCUUCCUACGGUUCCCUCGCCCGCUUCACCAAUGUUGAGCGUCUGAAGCAGGUUGGGACUCACACUGUUGUUGGUGCCGGGGGUGACAUCUCGGAUAUGCAGUAUUUGCACGAGAAGUUGUUAGAUUCCUUAAUCAUUAAGGAGGAGUACCAGAACGACGGACACCAUCUGCGUGCCUCGCAUAUUUACAGGUACCUUAGCAAGGUGUUGUACCAGCGUCGUUGCAAGUUCGAUCCCCUGUGGAAUACCUUACUGGUUGCGGGGUGGGAUGAUGGCAAGCCAUUCUUGGCUUCGGCGGAUCUUCUAGGAACUACUUUCUCCGCCCCCGCUCUAGCCACCGGAUUUGGCGCGCAUCUCGCUGUCCCCCUACUCCGCCGUGUUUGCCCAGACGAAGCCGCCGUUGAGAACAUCACUCGUGAACAGGCGGUUGACACUAUUGAGGAGUGCAUGAAGGUGCUCUUCUACCGUGAUGCUCGAAGCUUGAGCAAGUAUUCCUUGGCUAUAAUCACCGGAAAGGAUGUGGAGGGUGCUGCAGAGUGUGAAGCGAAGAACCAGAGCUGGAAGUUUGCCGAGGGUAUUAGAGGCUAUGGAACACAAGUUGUCUAGGUGUAUGGAUAGAGCUUGGGGGGCGUUUCCAGUGAACAUGUGGGACACACA